CUUAGCCGUGCUGUGUAGUUUCUGCUUCAGCUCAAGCAGACAGUGUCAGUGUCAGCAUCACUGAGGAAUAGAUGGAUCCUGUGGAAGUGUUUUCAGCCGGGGAGAAAGGCCGUGGCCUCCGAGUCACUAAAGAGAUCUCGGCUGGAGAAGUAGUGUUUGCUGAGGCCAGCUUCGCUGCGGUGGUGUUCGACAGUCUCUCUCUGCAGGUGUGUCACAGCUGUUUCCGCCGGAAGGUCAACCCUCACCGAUGCGCUCAGUGCAAGUUUGCCCACUACUGUGACCGCACGUGUCAGCGCGCCGCCUGGGACGAGCACGAGCAGGAAUGUUCUGCCAUUAAAAAGAUAGGACAAGCUCCCAAUGAGAACGUGCGUCUGGUCGCUCGUAUCCUGUGGCGUAUUCAGAAGGACACCGGCCUGGUCUCUGACGCUCAGCUCACCACCCUGGACCUCCUGGACGAUCACCUGUCCAAACUGUCCUCCGAAGACCUGAAAGACCUCAAAGUAGAUGUGCAACACUUCUACAAUUACUGGCCUAAAAACAGCAAACCCGUCGGAGAGGACUAUGUGGCGCAUCUCUUUGGCAUGGUGAACUGCAAUGGCUUCACACUGAGCGAUCAGAGGGGUCUGCAGGCCGUGGGCGUGGGUCUCUUUCCGAACCUGUGUCUGGUCAAUCACGACUGCUGGCCCAACUGCACCGUCAUCCUCAAUCCUGGCAAUCAGACGGCUCUGGACACUUCACUGCACUCAAAGAGAAGGAUCGAGCUGAGGGCUCUGGGGAAGAUCUCUGAAGGAGAAGAGCUGACCAUCAGCUACGUGGAUUUCCUAAACGUCUCCAAAGACCGGCAGCAGCUGCUCAAGAAGAAGUACUACUUCGACUGCAAGUGUGAGCACUGCAUCAGCGGCAUCAGAGACGAUCUGAUGACGGCCGUCAGAGACACACACGGACACCAGUCGUCUGCUGAGGUGGUGAAGGCAGUGACUGAUUUCAGUCUCCAAGCUCUGGUGAAGAUCGAAGAGGCUCGGACUGAAGGAAACUUCCAUGAGGUGCUGAAGCUCUGCCACGAGUGUCUGGAGAAGCAGGAUCCCGUGUUCGGAGACACAAACCUGCACCUGUUGCGUGUCCUCAGCAUCAUCAGCGAGGUCCUGUGCUUCAUGCAUCAGUUCGGUGAAGCUGCAGGUUAUGCUCAGCGUGUGCUGGACGGAUACACGAAGCUGUAUCCGCCCAAUACCGCUCAGCUGGGCAUGGCCAUCAUGAGAGCGGCCGUCACACACUGGCACGCCGGCCUGAUCGAGACCGCACACUCGCUGGUCUGUCGCGCUUACGCCAUCCUCAUCAUCACACACGGAGCUCAGCACCCCAUCACCAGAGACCUGGAGGCGAUGCGGACGCAGACGGAGAAGGAGCUGCGCUUGUUCAAGCAGAACGAGUCGGUCUAUCACAGCAUGAGGGAGACGGUGCUCAGCCACUAACCCCUGAUGAUGACUGGAGGACAGAUCAAAGCCACCUGAUGAGGAGAGAGUGUGAUAAAGACUGUGUGUGUGUGUGUGUGUGUGUGUGUGGUCACCUGCGCUGCGUCUGAUCAGGAGAUGCGUCUGCUGAGCCGCUUGUAGACGAUGCCGUCGAAGGUGAGGAUCUGAAACAGAUUGAGCGUCAGGUGCUGUGCAGUGAUGAAGGUGAUGAUGAUGAUGAUGAUGAUGUUCAGUCUUACGUUAGUGAUGAUGUCUCCAUUCAGCUCCGUCAGAGACUCGAUCCCCUUCACACACACCGUCAGCUUAUUCCCGUCCAUGUGAACCACACUCUGACACACACACACACACACACACACACACACACACACACGUUUGUUUUAGUGUAAAGUGUGUUCAUCCCAUAGGUGUAAUGGUUUUUAUUCUAUUCUGUCCCUUCACCAACCCUACACCUAACCCUAACCCUCACAGGAAACUUUGUGCAUUUUUACUUUCUCAAAAAAACUCAUUCUGUAUGAUUUAUAAGCGUUUUGAAAAAUGGAGACAUGGGUUAUGUCCUCAUAAGUCACCCUCUCCUUGUAAUACCUGUGUCAUACCCAUGUCAUUAUACACACACACACACACACUCUGUCUCUCUCUCACACGCAUGGGUUGCUUUUUAAUGAAUGCUAGAAUUAAUUCAUCAUGGAUUCAUUACUGUAAAGUGAUUAAAAGUUGCAGUAAAACAUGUUUAAUGCUACAGAAGGAUCCUUGAGUUGACCAGCACAUCAUUUGUUAUCUUCUGACACUUUGGGCUCAGAGCGUGAAGAUUGAUCUUACUUUAGCUUUCUCUCCAGUGAAGGUCUCCAGCUCACACUCUUCUCCCACAGUAAACGAGUACAGGACCACUUUGGUUCCCGCCGUCACCUUCACUUUAAAGUCCGCUCCGUCCUGAUGGAUCUCUGAGAUGCUCUUGAUGUCUUUGCCUUUCUCGAUCUCAUCCUCCGGCAGCCCUGCACAAACACUUUUGAUCGUUUUACUUCAUUUAUUUCAAAAUUAAAACAAUGCAAGGUUGAGCAAUGUGUCAUUAAGGGUCAAAUCAAUCAGGGUAACACCAGCUAAUAAUAAAUGAGUCCAACAUCUCCGAAGGGACAAAAAUGAAAAAUUAAAUGAGCAUCAAAGGAGAAAACAAGAGAAAGUCAAUGUGUGUAUCCUCUCACCAACGGCCUUCAUGAAGGCCUCGAAGUUCUCGUGAGACUCCAGCUGGUAUUUCCCGGAGAAAUCCAUCAGCAGCUGCAGAAACACAUCAGCAUCAUCAUUCAAUCUCACACGGAUUCAUCUGACACCAUCUAGAGAUCUAGAGUCUCACCGUCAGUUUCUUCAGAUCCGCUCGAGAGAAAUGCGCUGUGAGGCUUGGACGAGCUGUUUUCACUGCAUCUGAGCUCAAAGAGACUUGUUUCAUCAGACUUAAACCUAUCAAUGCACAAUAAGAUUAUACAAAGACAGAUUAUGAAUAAACCGCUGAGAAAAGCUUAGUUUGGAAUAAAUGUCCAAAGGUUAAGAUGAAAUAAGGCGUUUGCGUCAGCUGAUUUUUAGAUAAUGUUCCUCGUCACGCUUCUGUCCUUCUCAGAUUAUGGUUUAAGAAGUAAUACAAUAUGAAAAUAAUUAACAAUUAGACAGAAAGGAGUGGGGGGGGGGGCACAAAUAAAGAUACAAGUAGACCUGUAUUAAGGAAGAAUAUUAAACAUGGUACAAGCUCUAGAUGUUUUUAUAGCUUACUUGUUCACAGACAUUAACAUUGUGUUUAAAUCCAACUUCAGUUCUUGUCUGAAGAUGUUAUAAUGGGGUUUACAUUUAAAAUAUAGUGAGUGUGUGUGUGUGUGAGUGUGUGUGUGUGUGUGUGUGUGUGUGUGUGUGUGUGAGUGUGUGUGUGUGUGAGUGUGUGUGUGUGUGAGUGUGCGCGUGUGUGUGUGUGUGUGUGUGAGUGUGUGUGUGUGUGAGUGAGUUUGAGAAGGUAAAAUAUAAAAAAUUUUAGCAAUGUUCUGUUUUUGACCAGAAGCUCCCAAGUGUUUUCAGUUUUGCAUUCACACCCUUGGGUGAUCUAUGCACGAAAUUUUAAGGGAAAGUUAACUCCUGUUAAUAUGGGACAGUAGUGUAGUGUAAGGAUAAAAGAAACUCAGACACUUUGAUCUCCUGAGAAACAGACAGUUCAAACAUACACAGGAGACCCCCCACAGAGUGCAGCUCCUCCCCUUCUGGCCAUUUGUUUCAUUUUAACCCUUUCACCCGUGCCUCCUUCUACUCAAUCAGCUCAAAAUGAUUACAUGAAAAUAUCCGUGCAAGUGAACUAACACUCAUGUCCGGUAUCAUCUGAAAUGUCUCAGUGCAACUGGUACAAUGGUCCCAAUCUUACAAAAGUAUAGACUAAAAGAUAAUGUAGUACCUAAGAGUCGAGAUGUAUUUUGCUUAUGACAGUGGGAGUGCCCUUUUCAGGGGUCUUCAAUGUAAAUUACCUUCUGUUCCCUUUGAGGUGUAAACUACCCUGCGGUCUGGGAUCUGACCUAAUGUAAAUUCCUAUUGUUAGUUUCUGUUUCCAUCAUUGGGGGAUGCUGGUCUUGGUCUGAGGUUCUUAAGCACAUGUUUCAGGAGAUCAGGGCCCAGAAUGAGCCCAUAGCACUUCAUACUAGAAGUCAGGUAUGCAUCUUUCACUCUUAGAUUCAUCUUUGAGAAUAUGAUGUCUUGUAUUGAUUUGAUAUCUUUAUGUAAUUGGCAUAAUACACAUUUACCUGACUGUUAAUAAAUUGUUCCAUUUGAUUCUA